AUGGAUAUUUAUGAAGUCUUGAAGGAGAGAAGCGGCUUGAAAGACUUGUUGAGCUUCUUGAGGCGACCCUUCAUUGUCUCCUUGAUGGGAGCAGCAGUUUUGGGGUUUGGCCUGUUCCACCUCACCCACGACAAGCUCAUCCACUUUGUCACGUUCAUGGUACUCACCAUCGAGCUCUGGUUCGUAUUUGACGGUAAGAGGAGCGCAGGCAGAAAGAUCCGCCUUGUGGUGGUGGCGGUUGUUGCAAGUGCCAGUGUGGUGCUGGAGUACGCACAGUCGGUGAUCAACCCCUCGCGGGUGUUUGACGUCUACGACAUCGUGUACAACGUGGCAGGGCUGGUGGUUGGCAUUGUGGUGUGUGUGGUCUACGGCGUGGUUAGUUCGUGGAGAGAACGGCCCUCAUACCGACCACUAUCUGAUAUCGACGACGACUACGUGGAGAUCCUGAUGCGCGACGUGGAUCCGGAAAGGGAGCUGUCUGAGCCUGUCUGA